AUUUCAUCAGCAAUACUCUGCUUUCAGAUAUAAGCAGGGCAGAAAAAAAAUGGCAGGAAGAGAAGAAGAUGUAACAGUGGGGGCAAGCAGGUAUUCAGAGAGGCAGGCUCUGGGGACAUCUGCACAGACCCAAGAGAAGGACUACAAGGAAGCACCUCCUGCUCCCCUGUUUGAGCCAGAGGAGCUCAGAUCAUGGUCCUUCUGGAGGGCUGGUAUAGCAGAGUUUGUAGCCACAUUUCUGUUCCUCUACGUUACAAUCCUCACAGUAAUGGGGGUAAAGAGGGCACCCAAUAUGUGCCAGUCUGUGGGUAUCCAGGGCAUUGCUUGGGCCUUUGGAGGCAUGAUAUUUGCCCUUGUUUACUGCACAGCAGGCAUUUCAGGAGGCCACAUAAAUCCUGCAGUCACAUUUGGCCUGUUCCUCGCUAGGAAAGUGUCCUUGCCAAGGGCAUUGCUGUACAUGAUAUGCCAGUGCCUGGGGGCAAUCUGUGGGGCGGCAGUUGUGAAGGGUUUUGAGAAGAACAUGUAUGAAGUACAGGGAGGAGGGGCUAAUCUGGUGGCCCAUGGCUACACUAAGGGAGAUGGGCUGGGGGCAGAGAUUGUGGGUACUUUUGUUCUGGUUUACACUGUGUUCUCUGCCACAGAUGCUAAGAGGAGUGCCAGGGACUCACAUGUUCCAGUCCUGGCACCUCUGCCUAUAGGGUUCGCAGUGUUUCUUGUGCAUUUGGCCACCAUUCCUAUAACAGGGACUGGGAUUAACCCAGCUCGUAGCUUGGGUGCUGCCCUAAUUUAUGACAAGAACCAUGCCUGGGAUGAUCACUGGAUUUUCUGGGUGGGACCUUUUCUCGGCGCUGCUCUUGCUGCCAUUUACCACCAGCUCAUCAUCCGCGCCAUCCCCUUCAAAUCCCGUUCUUAAUCUUAAAAAGACGUCCAUGCCCAUGAUUUUCUAUGGUAUAUUAUGGUAAUAUCUGUGUUAUGGUUUAAGAUAAUUAUGCUCAGUUGCUAGUGCAGGGAAAGGGUAUGUACCUGUUAAUAAAGCUGUUUGUGGGUUUCUCCUCUGAUGUAUUCUCGGGCUUGUUAUUAAAGCUAUUUUAUUUGUUA